CGCCGCUCUCCCGUUGCUGGGUGCUAAAGCAAACCCCAGCUCUGUUUACCGAGUCUACUAUUACAAUACAGCUACCAAAUAUUUGCCAGCCGUCAGCUCACUGCUCCGCUAUAAAUACUUCAGGCCCAGGUGGAGGGACGGGAAGGGGGAGCGCCGCGGGAGCCUAUGCAUGGCCGGGCGGCAGCACCAAGGGUGAGUCCGGGCCCUGGGGUGCCCCUGCACGCUGACAUGGCUGCAGGCGUCAUCCAGUCCCUGGCCGAGCUGCGGCUGCCCUCACCCUUCCCGCACGGCCUGCUGCUGCCCAUGCGCCCCGAGCCCAACUUCCCCGACCUCUCUGAGGAGGAGGAGGAGGAAGAGGAGGAGGAGGAAGAGGAGGCUGCAGAGGAGAGCAUGAGGCCGGAGCUGGCCGUCCCCAGCGCUGCUGAGACCACCCUGCGGCUCCUCAAGUUUUCAGAGCUCAUCAGCUGUGACAUCCAGCGGUACUUCGGGCGGCGGGGCCGGGAGGAGGCUGCUGGCAGCCGCAGCGUGUCUGAGGACUGCGGCUCGCCCCGGCACGCUGAGGCCCAGCCUGAGACCGUGGCACCGCAGGGCGGCCCUGGGGCCGUGCACAGGCUGGGGCCGCUGGCCGAGCUCUUCGAGUACGGCGUGCACCGGUGCCUGCCGCCCCGGGCAGCUGGCAGCAAGACGCAGCGGCUGGAGAGGAAAUAUGGCCACAUCACCCCCAUGCACCGGAGGAAGCUGCCACCCUCCUUCUGGAGGGAGCCGGGCCCCAGCCCUGCCAGCCUCCUCCACGCCGGCACCCCCGACUUCAGCGACCUCCUGGCCAACUGGACGGUGGAGCCAGGGCCGGAGCUGCCGGGUGCUGGGCGGGAACUGCUGCCCGAGCCUGGCCGCCCAGAGCUGGAGGCUGAGCCCUUCGCUGGGCUGUGACCCCACCGUGGCCCCAGGGGCCUCCAGCCCCGCCACGUGCCACCCGGUUAAUGAUAAACCCAGUGGCCCCGGUGCCAGUGCCGGGGCACCUGGAGCUGCCGGGUCAGAGCCGGGGAUGGGACGAGUGAA